GUAGUCUCCCUUGAAUUGCAGGCUCGGUAAGAAGGCGUGUCGGAUUUUCAUUGGUGAUUAACAAUGACAACAUGGACUGUUUUGUCUGUCAUGUAAUUUUUCUGGUGUUUUAGACAUUUUACCAAUAAAAUUAUCUUUUUCGGUAUUUGGUAACUGUUUUAAAAACCAUAAGUUGAGUAGAUGUUCAAAUUUUAAGUUGAUUUUCAGUCAUAAAUUUUACAAAAAUUGAGAAAUCAUGCCUUUGAAUUUAAAGAAAGUGGUUCUUAAUUGUGUUGUCUAUUCAUUGGUGCUUGUAAUGGUUUGUCCAUACACAAGUUUUGCAUCUAAAGAGAAGUGCAGUACAUGCAAAGACAUUGUUAAGAAUUUUAAAGAGGGUCUUGAGAAAACAAAGAAAUCUAAUUUUGGUGGAGGAAAUACAAGAUGGGAGGAAAAAUCUCUUGGAACAUGGGCUCACAGUGAAACAAGAUUAGUGGAGAUCUGGGAGAAUUAUCUGUGCAAGCAUGACAGUAAGGAGUGUCAUUUUAUGCUGGAGAAACAUGAAGAAGAUAUGGAGGAAUUCUGGUUUAAUGUACAUGCUAAAAAUGAAGAUACUGAUAUGCAUGAGUGGUUAUGUAUAAAUAAAAUUAAAGUAUGUUGCCCCAGCAACACAUAUGGUCCAAAGUGUACUGAAUGUAAGGGUGGGAAAGAUAGACCUUGCAAGGGGAAUGGUAAAUGUGAUGGAGAAGGUACUAGAACUGGAACAGGAAAAUGUAAAUGUGAUAGUGGUUACCAAGGUGAUUUCUGUGAUGAUUGUGUCGAUGGAUAUUUCGAGGAGAGUAAAAAUGAUACCCACACCCAAUGUACAGCUUGCCACGCCUCCUGUAAAUCAACUUGCUGGGAGGCGGGGCCAAAGGGGUGUGAUGAGUGUAAGGCUGGAUGGGAGGCGUCGGAAACCGAGGGUUGCCAGGAUAUAGACGAAUGUCCGAACACUCCUUGUGAAGAAACUCAAUACUGUACUAACACUCAAGGGUCAUAUCAUUGCGCUACAUGUCAUAGGUCAUGUAAAGGUUGCCAUGGAUAUGGUUCAAAUAAAUGUGAAGAAUGUAAAGCAGGUUUUAACAAAGUGGAAGAAAAUUGUUUAGAUAUAAAUGAAUGCGAGUUAGAUAAGACAUUGUGUACAGGGGAGAAACAGUCGUGUGAGAACACAGACGGAAGUUACGAGUGUAAAUGUGAAGGUGAUCUUAUAUACGAUGUCGGAAGUCAGACCUGUAUACCUAAACCAAAAGAUCCCCCCAAACCUCCAAAAAGUAAAGAUAAAGAGAAGAAAGGAAGAAUAGCAGAUAAAGAUAAGCCAGGCUUACUAUUGUUACUAGGAAUGAUUGUAGUGUUUUAUGUGUGUGGAUCUAUAGUGCAGUGGAACUUUAUUAUUGUGUUCUGUCUAUCUAUAGUAUUUGGAGUGUUUCUAUACUGGUUUGGACUUCAACAUGAGGCUUUGUGAUAAAUCUAUUUAUAGUACCGUUAUCUAUUUAUAGUAACAUCUUACGUAAAUCCUUUGCUCAAGCAUUUAUUCUAAAUAAGAGCUUGAUUAAUCUUGAGAAUGGUAUACAUUUUGUGGUGAAAAUUAUGAAAUGAUGUAAGAAUAAAUUCUACAAGCUGGACCAAAUAGACAUAAGAAACGUUAGACAUAAGAAAACCAAAGAACUACAUGCAGUGUAUUUUUGUGGUAACAAUUUGAAACAUUGGGAGAUUACACAAUUUCUAUUCAUUUUGAGAAUAACAAUGAAAUUUGUGCCUGUCAUUACCAUAUAGAACUGUUGUCAGUCUUCUACAAAAAUCUGUUACACAGUCUGGGUUUUUUAGACUAUUGAAGAACCAGUCUGUCAGACAUGUCUGGAAAAAUCAAUAUACAUUUAAACUAAAGUGUGUUCAUAUAAUAAUGAUCAAAGAAUUUUUUUCAUAGAAAUAACGUGAAUAAACAAUGUUUUCAUGGGAAAUUGGUAUGUGACAUU